AUGAAAAAAGUCUUUUCAAUUUCUCGGGUUUCAUCAUCGAGCCAUGUGACUCCUAUCGGAGCUUCACAACAAAAUAACAGUAGUGGGACUGCUGCUACUGCUGUUGUAAAUAACAAUGCCACUACCAGUGCUACCACAUUGGAUAAUGUUGCUAUAAAUAAUAAUAUUGAAAUAAUAGCGUCGUCAUCGGGAUCUAAAAGAAAUAGCGGAUCGUAUCAUUCCAACUCGGUGAUCAAUACAUCAAUGGAGAGUGGAGGAAGUGAUACUGCAUCAAAUCAUUCAAAUAUUCGGAAAAAUUAUUCUAUGGGAGCCCUAGAAGAUGCUAAAAGCACCACAACGGAUAACACCAGUAAUAUGAGCUCUCCUUCAACUUCACCAUCAAGUAAAAGACUUACGCCUUCGUUGAGUCAAACAUUUGGAGAGGGAGGAAUUGAAGGUUCCUCAAAUCAUGGUAGACGUGUCAGACGAGGAUCACUAACUUCUAGCUUGGAAAACGAAGUGCAUCCUGUGGCAAUGACGAGAACAAUGGAUCAAAAAGUACAUCUCAUGGAAUUUCUUGUACAGAAAAGAGUUGAAAAUUUGGACUAUUUGAGAAGGUUUCACGAAGGAAAAAUUAUGUGGUUGAAUGUUGUAAAGGUAUCACCUAGCGAAAUUGAGAAUGCUUAUCAACCAAAAGAAUUACAGAAACGAUUGGAACAAUGGCUAUGUUUAGGUGUGUCAUUAGCACCCCUUAUUAAUUACAAUGAUGGUUAUCAUUUUGUACGUGCCUGUUCCCAACUAAUGGAAGAAUAUGAAUAUCAUUAUUCCAGCAUGGCAAUGCAAGGAAUGAAAAUAUUGAAAGCUUUUACAAAUACUUUUGUAGAUGAAGAGACUCCCAUUAUUCCAUCUCAAAAAACCAUCAAGCCCGUGAUUCACAAAUCAAAUGGAUCAGUAAUUUAUGAAUUCUUACAGACGCCACAUAUUCCUUGCUCGUUGGAUUAUUGUCAAAUUGUUUUUUCAAUGUGUGACAUUUUAACAUUUGUGUACAGAAAGUUUCUUGAUGAAACCAAUAUCAAUAGCUCUUUGCAUGAAAGCAUUAUCAAAUUAGAUGAAAAAAUUAAGAAUAACUUUAUUGGACUACUCUCUAAGGACAUUACCAACCUCGCAAUGCAAAUUGUAAAAACAAAAUUAGCAACUGUUCAAAACAUAUUCUCAAUAUCACUUAACAACCAAACUCCCAACACUCAACCAUCUUCAACCAAGCGUAAAGAGACAUCUGACCAAGUCGACGAAUGGUUUGAGAUUUAA